AUGUAACAAAAAAAUCUAUACAUAAACAAUAAUAAAUAAAAUUAGGAUAAUAAUCAACAUGAAGUGGUAAAUGCUAUUAAUACUUCUCCAGAAAAAUAGAUUUAAACCCUUUAGGAUGCUCGAUAAAACCAAUAAUAACUUAGAAUGUAGAAUAAACAGUAAAAUAAUUUAAAUUUGGAAGAACUUAAUUAUAAAAUUCAGGAUAUUCAAAAACUUAAUUUAUAAUUGGAUGAAAAAAGUAAUAAAUUGUUUGGGUAAAUAAAGUAAGAUGUUUCAAAUUUGCAGACUGCUAUAACUUAGAAUAUCUCUCCAUCAGAAAGAGGAUUAAGAAAAAAAGAAACUAUAAAAAAUGGAAUAAAUUUAGAUGAUUUAUUAGACUAUGAAUAAGGCUCGAUCAACUUAGAUGAAUUAGCUAGUUACAGAGGUAGUUAAGAGUACAAAGUAUUGGAUAAUUACCAAAAUUUUUGA